AUGUCGGGGUUUGACCUCAUUUUCGGAAUGACUUGGUUGUCUACGUUCCACACUACAAUCGAUUGUUUCAAGCGUCGUGUUCGUAUAUGUCCGACUGAGGGUGUUUGUUUCGAAUUUUAUGGGGAGCGUCGAGAAUCAUUAGCACUGUAUCUAUGUGGGUCUCGGGAAAGAGAGUCUGUUCACCUUAUGUUGGCGAGCUUAACGUUAGAUGAGGACUUAUCGGCAUAUGGGGAGUUACCCUUGGUAGUUCGCGAAUUUCCUGAUGUAUUUUCGAAAGAGUUACCUGGUUUACCUCCCGAGAGAGAAAUCGAGUUCACGAUAGACUUAAUUCUAGGCACCGCUCCUAUUUCAAUUCCUCCUUAUCAUUUUGCGCCCGCCGAACUUAAAGAGUUGAAAGUUCAAUUACAGGAGUUAGAAAAUUUGGGGUUUAUUCGUCCUAGUACAUCACUGUGCGGAGCACCGGCUUUGUUUGCCCAAAGAAGGAUGGUUCACUCCGCUUGUGCAUUGAUUAUCGUAAGCUCAAUCGUGUGA